CCACCAUCGGAAAAAAAACGCCCUAAUGAGAACAUCCUCUGAAUACGGGUGCCGGCCUCUUUCACAUCACUAGCAAGUAGCAACACCACUGUCCUGCACUGUCCAACACAACGAAGCAAAUGGAGGAAUCGUUGUCUAACCUGACGAUGUGUUGAUGCGCUUUUUUUAAUCAUAUAUCAUUGGUUUAAGUUUUUAUAUGUAUAAAUAAAAAUAAAUUAAUUUUCAAUAAGUACCUUCUCACAAACUCUAUUAUGACGGGUAAUAAAGUGUGGAAUACUGAUCUAUGGAAGGCAUUGGAUAAACACGGAAAAAAUGAUUUCCUCAAACUUAUCAACCAGAAAUUCAAGGAAGGAAACACGACAGUAUGGAAGCGAGGAUUGUACGAAUUAAUUACCCAUGGGAUUCAAGGAAACGUAAAAAAGGACAAUGUUGUAUCUAUUCUGGCUGAGUUGGCGAUCAUUAACAGCGCAAUGCCCUCAGCCAUAGUUGACCUGUUCACUUUGAUUGAUGCUGAAGGUCAUACUAAUGAUAUAAGAAAUAACUUCAAUUAUAUUGUAAAAGAAUGCGAAAAGUUUUUAACAGACAGGAUCCUCAUGGAAAGACUGGAAAUUGAUACCCUACAAGAUGUUGGCACCCUAAAAGAUCGAAACUUUCAUACAAAAUUCAUCCGAGUCAAGACAAAACUUUACUAUAAACAGCGUAAAUUUAAUCUAUUUAGAGAAGAAAGUGAAGGAUAUUCUAAGCUAAUAGUUGAGCUAAAUCAAGAGAGAUCAACUGAUGAAGUUUUCAGUACUUUGGAAGUUAUUAAAAGUUUGAUUGGAUACUUCAAUCUAGAUCCAAAUCGAGUACUUGAUAUUCUUCUCGAAACUUUCGAAAACAAGCCUCAAAAUGAUGAUUUGUUUAUUCCUCUUAUACGCUCUUACAUGAGCAAUCCACAAGUACUAUGCGAGGUACUUGGUUUUAAAUAUCGUGCAGCAGUCAAUGCAACACCAAUUUCGUUGCAAACAGUAACAGCAAUGAUGCUUCAACAUCGUCUAAUUGAACUGGAUGAUAUUUUGCCGUGGUUGGUUCCAGAUGACAAAAUAAUUAUAAAAGAUCAUGAGCUACAAAUGCGUCAGGCAAAAGAUUACGUCAAAAAAAUGAGUAUUAUUUCUACCAGGGAUAAAGAAGAAAUACUAGAAGAGCCUGAUAACAUCCAAGACAAGUAUUCGACAAACCAAAAAUUUGGUCUUUGCGAGGCUCUCUUAAAAGUUGGUGCUUGGGAAAUUGUUCAAAGAUUAUUUAAACGACUUCCUGAUUUUUGUUUGACUGACAAAAAGCCAAUUGCUCUUGCUUUUUGCAACAUGAUACAGUCAAUGAUCGAUAUAGUUUAUCGGAAGCACUGCACUAUAUCACCCAAGCUACCAGGUCGUACAAUUGAGCCCGUUUACAAGAACUCAUUGGCAGUUAAGCCGAUGCAAUCAUUUAUUGAUAUUCAUAACCAGCUCGUACCAAUGCUCAUCAUUCUUGGUCCAAAUCUACAUAACGAUCCUAUCCUCAUGUACAAAGUAAUGAGACUAUGUCAAGCUGUAAUCAAGUCUAUCGAUAGAAGCAACUGUCUCUGGAACGAUAUUCUCACGAUUCUUGAUGUUGCUUUGCUUCCAUCAUUGUCAUUUAUGGACUGUAACUGCUGCGUUGCUGAAGAAAUGUGGAACAUUCUCAAGUGUUAUCCAUAUGAGAACCGAUAUUGCUUGUAUGCCAGAUGGAAAAAUGAUACGCCGAUGCAGCAUCCAGCACUUUUACGUAAGCGUGCAGAUGCCCAAAAGAAAAUAAAGUCAAUUAUGAAAAGAGUCAGCAAAGAAACAAUAAAACCGGUUGGGCGUACUAUUGGUAAGUUGACACAUUCGUCACCUGGUGUUCUGUUUGAUUAUGUACUGAUACAAAUUCAGCUCUACGACAAUCUCAUUGGUCCUGUUGUUGAUUCCUUGAAAUAUCUUACUAAUAUUUCUUACGAUGUUCUUGGCUAUUGUCUUGUUGAGACGCUUGCGGGUGCUGAUCGUGACAGAUUAAAGCAUGACGGUAACAGCAUCUCUCUUUGGCUUCAGUCUCUUGCAUCUUUUUGUGGUGCUAUAUACAAAAAGUAUAACAUUGAGCUAACUGGUUUAUUGCAGUACGUCGCUAAUCAGUUGAAAGCACAAAAAAGCCUAGACUUACUGAUUCUUAAAGAAAUUGUACAAAAAAUGGCGGGAAUUGAGGCUGCUGAAGAAAUGACCUCCGAGCAAUUGGAUGCGAUGGCUGGUGGAGAUUUGCUGAAAAACGAAGCUGGAUAUUUUACUCAAGUUCGAAAUACAAAAAAACCAUCACAGCGCUUAAAAGAUGCACUUUCAGAAAAUGAUUUAGCUGUAGCACUUUGUCUUUUGAUGGCACAACAAAAACACUGCGUUGUUUAUCGAGAAACUGAUAAAUCACAUUUAAAACUUGUUGGAAAGUUAUACGAUCAAUGUCAAGAUACUCUGGUGCAAUUUGGUACAUUUCUUGCGUCAACAAUGACUGUAGACGAAUAUGUUCAGCGCUUACCUUCAAUACACAGUAUGUUGCGAGAUAAUCACAUUCACUCAGAUGUAGCUUUUUUUUUAGCACGACAGAUGUUCGCUCAUGCAAUCAACAUAAAGUAUGAUUCCCUUCGUAAAGCUGAUUCAAAUUACAAAAAAAUGUCUAUUACCAUGAAGCAAGCCAAAUGGGUUGAAGCAGCGCAAUCAGUUAUGGCACCCGUUGCUGAGUCAGUUCGGCCACUUCAUCCACUUAAAGUUUGGGAGGACAUUUCACCUCAAUUUCUCGUGACAUUUUGGUCUCUUUCAAUUUAUGAUUUAUUUGUUCCUGCUGAUAGUUAUCAACGUGAAAUCAACAAACUUAAGCAGCUCGUUGAUCAAACUGUUGAUUCCAAAGACAUGAAUGUCAGCAAAGGUAAGAAAGAGCAAGAACGUUGCACAACGCUUAUUGAAAAACUUCAAGAUGAAAAAAGAAAACAAGAAGAACAUGUUGAAAAAGUAUUUGCUUAUUUGAAGCAAGAAAAAGAUUCUUGGUUUUUAUCGAGAAGUGCCAAGUCUGCAAAAAAUGAAACCAUCACACAGUUUCUUCAAUUAUGUUUAUUUCCUAGAUGCACAUUUACAACUGUUGAUGCAAUGUAUUGUGCUAAGUUUGUUCACACAAUUCAUUCCUUGAAAACAGCCAAUUUUUCAACAUUACUUUGCUAUGAUCGACUAUUCUGUGAUAUCACUUAUUCAGUAACAUCUUGUACUGAAAAUGAAGCAAAUCGAUAUGGUCGUUUUUUAUGUGCCAUGCUUGAAACAGUCAUGAGAUGGCAUUCAGAGAAAGCCAUAUUUGACAAAGAAUGCAGUAAUUAUCCAGGAUUUGUUACAAAGUUCCGUGUGAGUAAUCAAUUCUCAGAAGCUAAUGACAUGGUAGGAUUUGAAAAUUACCGUCAUGUUUGUCAUAAAUGGCACUAUAAAAUUACAAAAGCUAUUGUCGUAUGCUUGGACUCAAAAGACUAUGUUCAAAUAAGAAACUCUCUAAUUAUUUUGAUUAAGAUACUUCCCCAUUUUCCAGUGCUUUUGAAAUUAUCGCAAAUACUUGAGCGUAAAGUUGAAAAAGUACGUGAACAAGAACGUGGAAAUAGACAAGAUCUUCAUGUACUCGCAACGUCUUACAGUGGCCAGUUGAAAGCAAGAUCAUCACAAAUGAUUCAUGAAACAGAUUUUCAUCACGUCGGUGAAACAACCAUAAAAGCCCAAGACACAUGCAGCACUGAGUCUAAUGAUAAAAUUACUAAUGGUGUUUCCAUCAAAGAGACCAGUAAUGGUUCUGAAGCACGCACUGAUAAAGAUGGCAAAGAACAACGCGAGAAACGACCAGCUUUUAAUCAAAUUCAACAUGAUUCAAUUGAAAAAAAUAAAAAAAAAGAAGCAACCAAAGAAGAUCUGGAAGCUCAAGAAAAAUAUUCGAAAAAAGAAGAAAUAAGAGAUGAUGAAAUAGUAGACAAAAAAGACCGCAAAUAUUUAAAAGAAGAACAUUACUACAGCGGAAUUGAUAAUUUAGAUCGAGAUUUGUCUAGUGUUUCUAAUAGCAGCGUGAGCUCCGGUCCACCUCCAGAUACUCUUGAGAGAGAACCUAAGAGAAGAAAGCUAGAAACCACUUUGAAAGAAACUAAACGUCUAGAAGCUGGUAGUGAGAAAAAAGACCGUUCUGGAAAAGCUAAAUCGCGAGAUGAGCAGAAAGAAUUGCGUCGAGAAAAAAAACUCGGUCGUAAAAGAGAUCGUGCUGAAGAUGCUGUUAUUGCCGCUGAGCAAAAACGAAGAAAAGACGAUGAUAAAACUAAAAGUACUCAUCAAAAUGGAGAUAUACCAGAACACCGUGAAAAACAUCACUACAGUAAGGAAAAAUCACCAUACAAUAAAGAACAGCGCAUUCAUGAGCGUGAAGGGCGUGAUAAACAUAGACGGAGUUCAGAUCCAAAACGAAGAUGAUGUAAAGUAAUCCAAGAA